AUGGCUAACAACAACACAGAGUAUCCUAGUUUUAUAAUAGUUAUGUGGGUUCUACUUGAGAGAGAACUAAGAGCCGUGAAGUUGAAAAGUUCUUUAACUGAGUUCAAUGAUUUAGAUGAUUUUUUUUCAUGUCUAAAACAAAAAUUUAAGAUUCUCAAAAAUGUUGAACCGAAGAAACUUUUAUUUUACCGAAGAAGAUUGCAACACAACACUUUUGCUAGACGUCAUCUUUACAUCUUUGAUUACUACAGCAUCAAAACUGCUUGUUGUCCA